AUGGAUCUUGAAUUGGUUUAUCGAACGCCCUCAUUUCGCCCCGGCUGGCUGCUUGAAUAUUUUAUUACUUGGAAAAUCAAUGGCGAUUACACUAUCAGUGCGGAUAAAGAUGGGUUCACACUGGGAAGUGCGGAUAAAGAUGGGUUCACACUAGGAAGUGCGGAGACAAAUGGGGUCACAUUAGGAAGUGCCGGUAAAGAUGGGUUCACACUGGGAAGUGCGGAUAAAGAUGGGGUCACACAAGGAAGUGCGGGUAAAGAUGGGUUCACACUAGGAAGUGCGGAUAAAGAUGGGUUCACACUGGGAAGUGCGGAUAAAGAUGGGUUCACACUGGGAAGUGCCGGUAAAGAUGGGUUCACACUAGGAAGUGCGGAUAAAGAUGGGUUCACACUGGGAAGUGCGGAUAAAGAUGGGUUCACACUGGGAAGUGCCGGUAAAGAUGGGUUCACACUAGGAAGUGCGGAUAAAGAUGGGUUCACACUGGGAAGUGCGGAUAAAGAUGGGUUCACACUGGGAAGUGCCGGUAAAGAUGGGUUCACACUAGGAAGUGCGGAUAAAGAUGGGUUCACACUGGGAAGUGCGGAUAAAGAUGGGUUCACACUGGGAAGUGCCGGUAAAGAUGGGUUCACACUGGGAAGUGCGGAUAAAGAUGGGGUCACACAAGGAAGUGCGGGUAAAGAUGGGUUCACACUAGGAAGUGCGGAUAAAGAUGGGUUCACACUGGGAAGUGCGGAUAAAGAUGGGUUCACACUGGGAAGUGCGGAUAAAGAUGGGUUCACACCAGGAAGUGCGGAUAAAGAUGGGUUCACACUAGGAAGUGCGGAGAAAGAUUGGUUCACACUAGGAAGUGCGGAGAAAGAUGGGGUCACACCAGGAAGUGCGGAGAAAGAUGGGUUCACACUAGGAAGUGCGGAGAAAGAUGGGUUCACACUAGGAAGUGCGGAGAAAGAUGGGGUCACACUAGGAAGAAGUGCGGAGAAAGAUUGGUUCACACUAGGAAGUGCGGAGAAAGAUUGGUUCACACUAGGAAGUGCGGAGAAAGAUGGGGUCACACCAGGAAGUGCGGAGAAAGAUGGGUUCACACUAGGAAGUGCGGAGAAAGAUGGGUUCACACUAGGAAGUGCGGAGAAAGAUGGGUUCACACUGGGAAGUGCGGAGAAAGAUUGGUUCACACUAGGAAGUGCGGAGAAAGAUGGGUUCACACUAGGAAGUGCGGAGAAAGAUGGGUUCACACUAGGAAGUGCGGAGAAAGAUUGGUUCACACUAGGAAGUGCGGAGAAAGAUUGGUUCACACUAGGAAGUGCGGAGAAAGAUGGGGUCACACCAGGAAGUGCGGAGAAAGAUGGGUUCACACUAGGAAGUGCGGAGAAAGAUGGGUUCACACUAGGAAGUGCGGAGAAAGAUGGGGUCACACUAGGAAGUGCGGAGAAAGAUGGGGUCACACUAGGAAGUGCGGAGAAAGAAGGGGUCACACUAAGAAGUGCGGAUAAAGAUGGGUUCACACUAAGAAGUGCGGAGAAAGAUGGGGUCACACCAGGAAGUGCGGAGAAAGAUGGGUUCACACUGGGAAGUGCGGAUAAAGAUGGGUUCACACUAAGAAGUGCGGAUAAAGAUGGGUUCACACCAGGAUAUUUGGAUCUAGACAAGAUAUAG